AUGGCUCUCCAGGAAGGAAUCAGGGCCUGGAAGAGAAUCUUCUGGUGGUUGAUCCUACUUGCACUUGGCCUCUUAGGGCUGCUCCUGUUUGGCCUCCCUGCUGUCAGGCAUCUGGAAGUCCUCGUCCCCAUGGGUGUCUGCCCUUUGACGAGAACACCCCUGCUGAGAGACAACUUCACGGGUCCCCUGCAUCCUUGGGCCGGGCCUGAAGUCCUGACCUGCACCUCCUGGAGGGCCCCCAUUAUAUGGGACGGCACAUUCGACCCAGAUGUGGCCCAGCAAGAGGCUGCCCAGCAGAACCUCUCCAUUGGCCUGACGGUCUUUGCUGUGGGCAGGUACCUGGAGAAGUACCUGGCACACUUGGAGACAGCAGAGCAGCACUUCAUGGUGGGCCAGUGCGUUGUGUACUACGUGUUCACCGAGCGCCCUGCAGCCGUGCCCCGCCUGCUGCUGGGCCCCGGGCCGCGGGCUGCGGGUGGAGCGCGUGGCGCGCGAGCGGCGCUGCACGCGGCCCUCGGGGGGCGCCUGGGCCACGAGGCGCGCUUCGUGUUCUGCAUGGACGUGGAUCAGCACUUCAGUGGCGCCUUCGGGCCCGAGGCGCUGGCCGUGUCGGUGGCGCAGCUGCACGCCUGGCACUACCGCUGGCCGCGGUGGCUGCUGCCCUUUGAGCGUGACACGCGCUCGGCCGCCCGCUGGGCGGGCGAGGGCGACCUCUACUACCACGCGGCCGUAUUUGGGGGCAGCGUGGCCGCGCUGCGGCGUCUGACGGCGCACUGCGCCGGGGGCCUGCGGCGGGACCGCUCGCGCGGCCUGGAGGUGCGCUGGCACGACGAGAGCCACCUCAAUAAGUUCUUCUGGCUGCACAAGCCCACCAAGCUGCUGUCGCCUGAGUUUUGCUGGAGCCUCGAUCUUGGCCGCCGGGCUGAGAUCCACCGCCAGCGCCUGCUCUGGGCGCCCAAGGAGUAUGCCCUGCUGCGAAGCUAGCAACGCCGGUGGGGGCCCUUCUGGAAGCAGCGGGACACUGGGGGUGGGGGGAGACUGCGUGAACACCUCCCCCGCUGCGGCAUGGCUGCAGGAGGCUGGGCCUUUGGGACGUGGCUCCCGGAGGAGGAUGAGCCAUCCCUUUCCAUCGAGACCCGGGCACCUCCAGUUGCCUGGAGACCUUUCACCUCUGACCUUACUGAGUUCAGCAGAGGCCCUCUGAAGAGAUGUUUUAGCCCCUUCCCCAUAUCCCCUACGCUUUAUAUGGUACUGAGGCGCCAAAAGGGAACAUGAUGGCCCGAGGACCCAGAGGAUCUAUGAGUCAGCCUGUGAGGUCAGCAGCUGGAGAGCAAGACUGACCCUCAGGCCAAAUACAUCUGCUUCUAGGCACAAGCCCCAGAUGAAGAAACUCAGUGGCAUCCGGUUCCCUCACUUUGCUGGUUAACCUCCCCCGCUCUUGACAC